AUGUCGGUUGCCUUUGCUUCUGCUCGCCCAAGAGGCAAAGGGGAGGUCACCCAGCAAACUAUCCAGAAGAAGGUGACGGUCAGGAGCGAGGAGGCUGGAAAUGUCAAUAAAGAAUGUGAUGUUUUUACUGUCACUGCUGUUUGUCAGGAGCAUUUUGCUGUCAUUUUGGCCGAUCCCCAUGGCUCAGGUGUGGUGGCAGCCAGAUACCAACAAAUCUUGCACAGAAACCUGGUUUACUUGGCAACAAUAGCAGACUCUAACCAGAAUAUGCAGUCCUUGCUUCCUGCUCCACCAACGCAAAAUAUAAACUUGGGCCCCGGAGGGAUGAGUCAGAGUGCCUCCAACCAAUCCCUCCACUCGCAGAGCAAUCUCAGCGAUGCCAUCGGGACCGGCCUUCCUCCUUCCUCCCUCAUGCAGAGUCAGAUUAGCAAUGGUCCUAACCACGUGUCUAUGCAGCAGUCAGGCCAGAACACCAUGCCCACGACCUCUCUGAGCAUGACUGUCAGCAGCCAUGGGACUGGCCCUGGCUACAGCCACACAGUGCCUGCGUCUCAGAACGUGCCAAUGCAAGGCCAGGGCUCCAUAGGCAAUUACGUCUCUCGAACAAACAUCAACAUGCAGUCCAACCCAGUCUCCAUGAUGCACCAGCAAGCAGCAACAUCACAUUACAACUCAGCACAAGGAGGGAGCCAGCACUACCAGGGACAAUCCUCCAUUGCCAUGAUGAGCCAGAGCAACCAAGGCAACAGCAUGAUGGGGCAGCGACCCAUGGGCCCUUACAGAGCUUCACAGCAAGGUUCCUCGCAGCAGUACAUGGGUCAGGAAGAAUAUUACAGUGAGCAGUACAGUCAUGGCCAAGGCUCAUCAGAACCCAUGAAUCAGCAAUACUAUCCAGAUGGACAUGGUGAUUAUGCCUAUCAGCAGUCAUCCUAUACUGAACAGAGCUACGACCGGUCGUUUGAUGACUCUACACAACACUACUAUGAAGGAGGAAAUUCUCAGUACAGCCAGCAGCAGGCAGGAUACCAACAGGGAGCUGCACAACAGCAAACAUAUUCCCAGCAGCAAUACCCAAAUCAACAGAGUUACCCAGGACAACAGCAAGGAUAUGGUCCUGCACAAGGAGCCUCUUCACAGUAUUCCAGCUACCAACAGGGACAGGGGCAGCAAUAUGGAAGUUACAGAGCUUCCCAAACAGGCCCAUCCGCUCAGCAACAGAGGCCUUAUGGCUAUGAGCAGAAUGCUUGA